AUGAACCCGCAAAUCUCGAACCUAGCGAUCAUGCUUGUGCUGAUGCAGAUCUCGCGGCGCCUCAACAUGGAGGAUCCGACGGUGAUUCUGUACAUCCGGAUCCUGUACGUGACGUCAACCGUGCUGGCGUACCUCGUAUACCAGGUGACGCGCAAGCGGAUCGUGGCCAAGAACGACCUGACGACGCUCAAGUAUGUGACGCCGGCCAACCCCUUGUCAGGGCAGCCGGAGGAGCAGCUAAAGGUGACGACGGUGCGCGACUACGACCUGGAGCAGUUGGACUCGUCGAUUAAGUCGAUCUACACGGGCGUGCUCAUGAUGGGAUUCAUGCACCUCUACCUGAAGUACACGAACCCGCUGUUGAUGCAGUUCAUCUCGCCACUGAAGACCGCGCUGGAGCAUGCGGAGGUGCGCAUCCACUUGUUCGGCAAGCCAGCCACUGGCGAGCUGAAGCGCCCGUUCAAGCAGGCGGGGCUGUUCGGCAUGGGCGCCGCUGCGGGGCCCAAGACGGACAAGCAGUCCAUUGAGGCUGCGGAGAAGGCCGGCACGGGCGGCGUCAAGGCCGAAUGA